AUGGACUGGGGCAAUGUGACGGGCGAGGAGCUGCUCGACGCGCUGCGGGAGGUCGAGUGGUCCACGCCGCCUCGCCCGCUCGCGGAGUUCGUGCAGCGCUUCUCCGCGCCCAAGAACGCCAGCAACUAUCGCACCAACUACUACAUCCUUGUCUGCUUCAUCAACGCCUGCUGUUUCGCCCGUAACCCGCUCGCGCUGUUCGCUGUGCUCUUCGCCGCCGUCGCCUUCGCGAGCCUCAACGACAGGUCAGUCGCGCUUGCUGCCACGGCCGUGUGGCUAGGCUCGACUAGCAUCCCCAUUUCAGCUCCCUCUUCUCUGACCCCUCGUCGCUCUCUCUGCCCACCAUUCUCCCCCCCUUCCCAUCUCUGUCUCCACUCGUUCCCACCCCUUCCCCUCCCCUCCCCUCCGCCUCUCCCACCCCUCCAUCCUCUUCCCACUCUUCUCCCCGUGCCCUACCAUUCUCCACCGUCCACAAUUCCUUUCACUCCUUGUUGGAGCUUUUUCCUUGGUUGCCCUCUCCCCAUCUCCAUUCCCCUUCGUCUUUCCUCAUCACCUCCUCCCCCCAUCUCCCCUCCUCUCUCCCACACUCCCCAUCCCCCUCCUCUCCUCCCCCUUCCCCAUCUCCCCAUCAUCUCCCAUUUCCCCCUCCCGCACCCCGCAGCUUCGCGCUGCUCUCAUGGCUUUGCUGCCGGCUCUUUCACCUCCUGCCCGCCUUGCCCCCAUGUGUCACCCCGUCUCCCCCAUGUCGUCCGCUAUCUCCCCGUCUCAUCCCCUGUUUCCUUCCCUCUCUCCCCCAUCUCCUCGCCUCUCUCCCCCAUCUCCUCCCCCCUCUCCCUCCCCUAUUUCUUCCCCCAUUCUCUUCCCCUUCUCUGUCCUCUUCCAUCUCCCCCCCCCCCCCCCCCCCCCCCCCAACGCUCUUUUCCGUCCGCCCAAAUUACCUGCCGCCCUGUUGCAUGCCCGCUUGCCCCCCUGUGGGGUCGCAAUGCUUCCUCUCUCUCUCCGGGUGCAGGCGAGCGGGAGUGA